AUGAGGCAGAAUGAUUUGUUAAUCACUAGCUGGGGGAUUUCAUCGAUUAAACUUGAACUCGGCCAUACCUUCCCUUGGUUUCUCAGUACUCUCUUCAAAACUGUAAGGCACUUCCCUGAACUAGACAAGAUAAGCCCAAACCUAAAUCUACGGUGGUUUAUUUUGAGGAGGAUUGCUGCUGACAAGUUUUACUGGGACAUCAAGGACCAAAGACUGACAAUGCCAUUCUUAAUGGACACAACAAAUUUGCCAUAUCUACCCCAAGGGAUUCGUUCUUUGUCUCCGUCAUGGCCAUCCCGAGUCCUCAAAAUACUGACUGAACUCGGGAGCGGGCGAGUCAACUCGGGUCACCACUUGUCGCUCGCCAUCGCUAACCUCCGAGACGCUCUUAAUCUCUCUUCCAAGUCUGUAGCUCCCACCGCUUUCGAUGGCUAUGCUCGCUUCUUCGACCAGGUUAUGUCCCGAGACCAAUCUAGCAAGUGGUUCCAAGAAGUGCUUCCCGCAUUGGGGAAUUUGCUUCUCAGGUUCCCCUCUUUGUUGGAAACGCACUUUCGAAAUUCUGAUAUGGAUGUACAUGGAGACGGAACCGUCGUCACAACUGCUCUUCGCUUAUUGGAUUCACAGCAACCGGGGAUCGUCUUCCUUAGCCAGGAGUUGAUUGCUGCUCUUCUUGGCUGCUCAUUCUUCUGUCUCUUCCCAGUCAGUGAAAGACGAACGACGCAUCUUCAAAAGAUCAACUUCGAUAGAUUGUUUGCGAAGACCAGAAAUGGUUACACUCAAGAACAGGAUAAUAAGAUUUGGUCUAUCCUUCACUAUUUUCAAAGGAUAUGUUCUGAUAUGCCUAAGGGCAUGGUCUCAUUUGAGCGAAAAGUACUUCCCUUCAAGAAUGAUUCUAUUCACAUUUCUUAUCCAGAUGCUAACUUUUGGAGCACUUCUGUUACACCUCUAUGCAACUUUGAGGUUCACUAUUCAGGAGGCAUAGAAGAUCAAUCAAGCGAAGCUGUUGAAGUAGAUUUUGCAGAUCCAUAUUAUGGGGGCCUUGUUCUUGGCAUGGGGUGUUUACAGGAGGAAAUCCGGUUCUUGAUCAGUCCAGAAUUGAUUGCUGGCAUGCUUUUCUUGCCAGCCAUGGCAGAUAAUGAGGCUAUAGAAAUUGUUGGUGUAGAAAGGUUCUCAAGUUAUACAGGGUACUCGUCAUCAUUUCAAUUUUCUGGUGAUUAUGUGGAUGAGAGGGAUGUAGACACCCUUGGAAGACGAAAAACCACGAUUGUUGCAAUUGAUGCAUUAGAAAGACCUGGGAUGAGCCAAUACAUGGCGGAUUCUAUCCUCCGGCAUGUUAUACAUGCGGGCAUUCUGUGGAAGGGAAAUAAUAUCGGGGUUGCAACUGGAAACUGGGGAUGUGGCGUCUUUGGAGGAGAUCCUGAAAUAAAGACCAUAAUUCAGUGGCUUGCAGCUUCUCAGGCUCGAAGACCAUUCUUAUUAUACUACACAUUUGGCUUGGGGGCAUUGAAAAGCCUACACGAGGUUGUUCAUCGGAUUUCGACGCAAACAUGGACAGUUGGAAACCUAUGGAAGAUGCUAAUUAAGUACUCAACAAUGAGAUCAAAAGGAGAAACUAACGUCGGCUUCUUCCAAUGGCUCCAGGAACGGUAA